AUGAGGCAGAUUCUUGCAUGGAAGGUUCUGCUGCAGUAUGGACAGGGCAGCAGGGUUGAAGAGACCACCAGAUGUUGGCUCACCAUAGAGAAUACAUUUGGGGAGUCUGUCAUCGAAUGUUCUUGUAAUGUGUCCAGCACAGUGAAGCUGGGACUGUUGCAGCAGUGCGAAGAAAUCUCCACACUGCCCUCUUCGUCUAGCUAUCUCCAGCAAGAAAUGGCACUGAAAAUGUCUAUGUGCCAGUUUGCAGUACCAUUUUUGUUACCUCACGGAAUACAUAAUCAGUGCACUCUUAUGUUAUGGGAACUUCAAGGUAUCCUGAAAGAUUGGCCCCAUUCAAUGUCAGAAUCUAAAGGCUUUGUUGAAGACAGUGUUGUUCAUGCGAAAAUUCCCUUGAUAUCAUUUGUGAGGCUAAGCAACUGCAGCUUGUCCAUGUCACAGGUUUUGAACCAAGUGCUCAACAAGUAACAGCAACAUCAUUUUUUUUCUCAUCGAGAAAUGAUCGGAGGAUUUGCUCCCAGGUUAAUCUCCAAUGGCAUGGUUGAAAUGUGCUGGAAUCUGCCAUGUGGAAACAAUAGCAUCAAUGUCUUUCCUGAGCCAGUGGCUAUUGCUAAAUUAAGAGGAGAUAUUUGCACUUUUGAAACACAAUUCAGUUUUCUUACUCAGGUGUCAACAGCUGUCUUUGUUUUCCUAGACAAUGUGGACAAAAAUGAGCAGAGGCUGUUUGCCUCUUUAUAA